AUGGGCCACAAUACCAUUGCGACCGAGGGUAUCGACAUCUCUCUUGAGAAGGCACGGACAUGGAUUCACAAUUACUUCACCUACAGUCCCACUGAGACAUUUCUCAGUCUCGUGGAUAGGAAAACCAUCGAGCUAAUACCAGACAUGCUCCUAAUGAGGCAUGUCACCCUUGACCCCUGCAUCCUCAUCAUUUACUAUGUCAUUCUGUGGCGGGGAUGCUACAUCCUGAACACACGGUCAUUUCACAGUCCAGACGGCAGAUACGCGCGGAAGCUCUACCUGUGCUGUCUAAGGACUAUGCCAUGCUGGCAGAAGGAAGCCACUGGUUCCAUCACUGACUUUAUUGCUGCUAUCUUCAUGACAGGCAUCGCAACAGAGUCUUACGACUUCGAAAUGAGCUUGGAAAUGCACCAAUUGUCUUGCGAGUACGCCAAAGGUCUCCAAAUGCACAGUCUCGACAGCAAUGCCUACUUUGUAGCCACCGGUUGCCCCAGCACCGACGAGGACCGCAAGGGAAUGUGGGAGCUCAUUCAAACGGAUCUCUUCUAUCACUUGAUUUACAAUAAGCCGGCAACACUGUAUCCGAGCCUCGACAAGUGGCAGGUGAACCUACCAUGGCUGUCACUCGACUUGCCUCCGGAAAAGGGUGCUCAAGUGUCGACGAUAUCAUUCCUCUUUCGCAGCCGACUUGCGUUCAUCUUGAUCCGCUUCUUCCAGACUCUCGAAGGACUUGAGAACGAGUCCGAAGCAGUCGAAGCUAUCGAGCCUCUAUGCCACGAGAUCGAAAUCCUGUUUGAUGAAUGGGGAAUCGAAGACUGGAUCGAGCGAUCAGGUGAUGACCACAUGGAUCUAUGGACUCUAUCAAGCCUGGUUUUGACAGGCUAUACCUCCAUCAUCUUUAUGCUGCGAAAGGCGACGCUCCUGAAAUCAAACUCCCCCGUACCAGUUUGCACCGACAACAACGUGCCCAGAACAGACUUCUCAACCCGGGCUUCGCGUCGCAUCCUCGACCUGACGUACAACAUGCUGCACGUCUGGAAGUUCCCUGCGGCGGAGACAAUAUCGUACAUUCUCGGCGCCUUCCGAGCGCACACCGCAUACGCUCAUCUCGCCAGCAACGCCAUGAACGCACCCAGGCCUGGCGAUAUGAUUGAGGAUCUGCAUUUGCUGGAUCGCGUCGCUCAGGGGAUUGAGACUGCGACGCAGCAGGAAAGCGAUUUUCUCCCGCUGGCAAGAGAGAUGAAGAGGAUUAAUGCUCAAGUGAAGGAAAAAGUUCAUGGCACUGCAACUGCCCGAAAUGCUUGA